CUGGAGCAAUCUUUUUGAAAAUCCGCUUUCGAUACGCAUUUUAGGAACGCGGGUGAGAACAGUGAGCUCAGCUAUAGAUAAGCUAUGCUGCCCUGCUUUAUAGCUGGUUUUGCCACUCCGUCUCGAAAAGCUAGAAGGCACACCUGACGGGCGAGACUCACGACAUGGACGCUUCUGAUGACUAUGUGCUAGGAAGAGGAGCAGCCGAGUCUGUGCGUCUAGAUGCGCAGCACUUGCUCUGGAGGCUUCAUCAAGGCUAUUUGCUACACCCUUCCAUCUCUGUCACUCGAGAUAUGAGAAUUGCGGAAGUAGGUACGGGUACAGCCAGCUCCCCAAUACAGUCAAGCUUCAUGGCUACGACUAUCUCCGACAGACAGUUCCCUCACCACGAUCUCCUACCGGAGAAUGUGACCCUAGGGCUCCUCAAUUCUCUCGAAGACACCCCGUCUGAGCUUCACGAUCAAUAUGAUGUGGUGCACUUGCGGAUGUGGGCGAGCAAUCUCCGAAGCAGAAAUGUGAAUAUGUUAAUUCAAAAUAUCGAGAAAAUGCUCAAGCCAGGUGGAUUCAUACAGUGGGAAGAAGCCGAUCUCAUGCAUCAAGUCGUCAAGACAGACGCAGCAACAACCUUCGAGGCUAAUAUCAACGAGCUCCCUAGCUUUAUGAAAUUUGCUAAUCCUCUGUUCGCACUUAGUUGGGUGCAUGACUUGCCCAAGUCCUUCGAGCUUCAGGGGUUCGAGGUCAAACAUGCUGAGCACAAGGUUUUCCAGCCUAGCCAGGUCCAGCUGUGUACGAACACCUAUCUCCUGGCAUUGAAAGAAAUUAUUGCGGGUAUCAAAAGCACAUCAUCUCAAGUUCCCGGGUUGAACAUUGGGUCGCAUGAGGAGGCUCUAGCGCAGCUAUUGGAAAACCAUACUCGAGUAGUUUACAACUGGGGCCCGUUGUCUCUUCUGGCGCAGACUCGACGAGUUUAG